GUGUGUCACAAACAAAAUCGGACUUUCAUAAGGCAGUAGAAGAGGAAGAGAGACCAAAGCUGCUGACUAACACAUUAUAAUGAUACUUUGUGUUGUGGAUUUAAAGGCGUUUGGAUUAUCAAACCACUGGAUUGUAGAGCACAGGACAGAGCCUGGAGAUCAUGGAACAAGUGAAUGCUGUCUCAGCACUGGCUAACCAAUCACAGUACUCCUCCAACUCCUCCCUGGGCUCUGAAUGGCAGUACAGUGAUGUGAAGCUUGUGCUGCUGGGUGUUGCAAUGGCUAUUCUGGUUCUGGCCAUAGUUUUUGGUAACGUGAUGGUGAUUACAGCCAUCCUGCGCUUCCAGCGGCUCCAGACAGUCACCAACUUUUUCAUUGCCUCGCUGGCUGUGGCUGACCUUAUCAUGGGUUUGGUUGUGGUCCCCUUUGGCUCCAGCCACAUCCUGCUAGGAUACUGGCAGUUUGGAAACUUCAUGUGUGAAUUCUGGACAGCAACUGACGUGCUGUGUGUGACGGCCAGCAUCGAAACCCUGUGUGUGAUUGCUCUGGACCGCUACCUCGCCAUCACCUCGCCGCUCCGCUACCCUACGCUACUCACCAGGGGCCGGGCCUUUGCAGUGGUCCUCGGGGUUUGGGCAGUGGCCUCCCUCAUCUCCUUCCUGCCCAUUCAUCUGAAGUUGUGGGUGUCUAAUAAAGAGGAAGCUCGCAAGUGCUUGGACAACGAAUACUGUUGUGAUUUCAACACCAAUGUGGCAUACGCUGUGUCGUCCUCAAUUGUGUCCUUCUACCUUCCGCUGUUGGUGAUGAUGUUCCUGUACACCCGGGUCUUCCAGGAGGCUCAGAAACAGCUGGAGAAGAUCAGAGGGAGGGAGAGGCACUUUUAUAACUUGCAUUACACUGCACAGCAGACUCCUGAUAAUAGUCCAGCAAUGAGUAAACUCAGGGCAGGAACUGAGGUCGGAGAACAAGCAGGAGAGGACAGACUAAACAUGCAGAAAACAGAUAGUACAGACACUGGUAAGGAGGAAAAGUUUGGAGAGAGUAGAGCAAGGACAGAGAAAGCAGAAGGAAAACACUCUGCAGCAAAGCGUCUUAAGUUCUGUCUGAAGGAGCACAAGGCUGUAAAAACUUUGGGGAUCAUCAUGGGAACCUUCACGUUGUGUUGGCUACCUUUCUUCAUCCUCAACAUCCUCAUGACCUUCCUCAACUUGGGUAAUAUUAAGCUGCUCUUCAUACUUCUCAACUGGCUAGGAUACUCCAACUCUGCUUUCAACCCGCUUAUCUACUGCCGCAGCCCCGACUUCAGGCACUCCUUUCAGGAGAUUCUCUGUUUGAGGGGCAAAUGGGGGAGGCAGAGAGGGAGGAGAGGAUGGGGAUGGUGCAGGGACAGAGAUUGUUACUCCAGGCCCCCAGUUAGGACGAAUGGGAACUCAGACCUGAAUGAUGUCACGGGGGUGGAUGUUCAGCAGAACUUAGGGUGGAAGGGCAGUUUGGAGAGCUCUAUUCAGGAUUGCUCACUAACUCUGGCUCCUCCGAAUUCUUGCUGUGAGCAGGUUAUAGAUAUAGCUCCUGGUUCCCUGACAAACUGGCAGGCUAACAGUUCUGCUAAUGGGAGCUGUAAGGAAAGUCUGGCUUCUAUUGCUUGACCAAUUAGGAUAUGAGUUUACAUUGUGUGUGCAUUGUCAUGUUGUUAACAUCAAUUUGAUGUAGCUCAAAAUGUUUGUCUUGGGUUGAGAACGACUCAACUCUGUGGUCUUUUUUAGCGUGUAGUGUUCUUAACUAAAAUUCUGUGUAUUUCAGUUAUUGUUACUGAGGUUUUACUUGUGGUAACUGCUGCUGCAGUUUUCCUAAAAACAGCUACACAAGUAAACCAUUUUCAGCAGUAUGUGUCAGCAUUAAAAAAGAUCUGACUUAAACCUUUAAGUGAAUUUUCAAAGCAUCGUAACGCAACUUAUUGAGACACUAUAAGGCUGAAUUACUGGUGAACACAAUGCAAAAGUGAACAAAAUGUACAGCCUCAAAAAUAAUAAUAAUCAGACCAGGAAGACUGCAAAGUUAAAUUA